UAAAAGGAACGAUGAAGUGUCUCGUCUUCAUCUGUCCAGUUUUAUUUAUGAUGACUCGAGCUCAGACGGUGCCUCCAGAGUGUAGGAGAUCUCCAACCUUCAGAAGCCCAGAGACCACAGACAUAAUGGUGAGCUGUGGCACUGAGUUCAUAGAGUUGACCAUCUUACUGUGUCCACUUUACUAUGACGACUACAACGAGUCCAUGCUGAUGCUGAACAACCAGUCCCGGCCGGAGUGCACGGGGACCACGGACUUGAGCGCGACGCCUCCUGUGAUCAGAUACACGCUCUCCAUCAGUGACGAGUCUGUGCAAGCCUGCGACAACAAUAUACAGAUCAUAGAUCGCAUUGGGACUGGAGCAUUUUCAGAUUUCUCAAACAUUCAGUAUGUGACGAUCUCCGGCAUGGUGGCGACGUUUGAUCCCACUGCAAGUCUGAUCACCUACAAGCCUACGAUGACCUACCUGUACUCCUGCACCUACCCUCUGGAGUAUUUCCUGAACAACACCCAAUUAGUUGUAGCGGGAUCAGAGUUGGCCAUAAACCAAAACAAUGGCAGUUUCCUAAGCUCUUUGAAGUUCAACCUUUACAAAAAUGAAUUUUAUAAUGAAUCCCUUAUAAUUCCGAAAACAGGACUUCCCCUGAAAACACCCAUAUACGCUGAAGUGAGCGCCUCCAGCUUAACAGACAGGUUUAAUGUGCUGCUCUCGUGGUGCAAAGCUACAGUGGAGCCAUACACAGCUGCUACAGAAGGAUAUAACCUUUUUGUGGGCUGUGAAGUGGAGCCUCACACAACGUUGGGACAAAAUGGCGUCUCGGACAAGGCGCGGUUUGUGUUUCAGGCGUUUCGUUUUGUGCAGCAUAAGAAUCGUACGGUGUCUGAGUUUUACCUGCACUGCUACUCGAGCCUCUGCGAGAAGGACGAGUGUGCCAGCAAGCUCCCGAACUGUACAGGUGGAGGGCCAACAAACCGGAAGAGAAGAGAGGCCACAGACUCAAACGGUGCUACAAUCACUUCUCCUGCCAUUAUAGUGAGCACGCCGGCCUUUGGAGAAGCCUACAGUCGCCCCCUGGUGGCAGUGAUUGUGUGUCUGUCUAUUCUCGCCCUCCUCACGGUCGUGAUGGGGGCGUGCUUCAUCUGGACCGUCAGACGCAAAGCCCCUCUAUUAAAACACACUAAGUGA